CAUCCACUCGAGCCACCGAGGCAAACUGUUCCAACAGCUUUGGAAGCGAGCAAACCACCACCCCACCAACCCUUUCUCGACAAACAUGCGCACCUUCGCAGCGGUCUCCCUCGUCGCGGCCUUCCUCUCGAUCGCCUCGGCCGCCCCCUCCGGCCUUCUGGCGCCUGGGGCAGCGUUGGCGGGCCCGAUCCUCGGCCCGGCCGCCCUCAGCGGCCCCGUGGCGGGCCCCGCCGCCCUCGCCGGACCCGCCGUCGGACCCGCUCGCCUCUCCGGAGCCGUGGACGGUGGCGCUGUCGUCACAGGAGCCGUUGCUGGCCCCUCCCUCGUCUCAGGCAGCGUUGCAGGCCACGCCGCACCCUGGCCGGCGGCACACUGGCCAGCCGCCCCUGCCCUUCCCUGGGGAGCUGUUCUGGCCGGACCCGCUGCACCUCCAGCGGCCCUGGCCGGCCCCAUCACCGCCCCGGCAUUGAUCGCUGGCCCAUCGGGCAGCAUAGCAGCUGGUCCGGCUGGCGUGGGAAGUAUCCUUCGCGCGGAUGGACAUUGGUAAUCCCUCGCUCGCUUGUUGGACGCAUCCUCGACUGAUCUCCUCCGACGCCUGCCAUUUCGAAACGGACCGAUCUCCGUCAUAUACCGCUAGUACCUCCAUCGAUCUAUCUUUUUGUAUGUUUACUCUGUGUACAUAACGAUGUAUCGUUUAUAUGUCUUGUUUUAUAUAUAAUAAUAAUAAAAAACGCAUGCCACUUUGGAGAGGA